AAAUCAUAUUCCCCGGUCCACACUCCACUCCACACCACCACCCCCAACCAACACCCACACACCCUCUCUUCAUCACCGAACCCUAGCUAACCACCAACCGAUCACCAUGGCUUCCGACGACGAACACCACACCACCACCGCCUACGAACAAGAUCUCGACGACGAAGAACAAUCUGACGACGAAAUCGACGAACAACAACAACAACAACAACACCACCAAAACAUCGACGAAGAAGACGACGUCGUUUCAAUCGACGACGACGAAGAAGAAGAAGACGACGCCGUUUCCGACGAUUCCACCUCCUCCGCCGCCGGCGAGGUCACGAUCGCCGUCGCCGGCAGUCUUCCUACCGUAACCACACCGAUCGCCGCCACUCCUACCACCGCAACCACCACAACCGCCUCAAUCGUACGGUCAGAUGCAAUUAUAGAACCGAAAAAACCGUUAGAUGAUUCCAGACGGUUAUUUCAACGGUUAUGGACCGAUGAGGAUGAAAUUGAGCUGUUACAGGGGUUUUUGGAGUAUACGACGCAGCGAGGGGCAAAUUCGUCACAUCAUCAUGAUACGACGGCAUUUUAUGACCAGAUUAGAGGUAAAUUGCAGUUAGAAUUUAAUAAGAAUCAGUUAGUUGAGAAGCUUAGGAGGUUGAAGAAGAAGUAUAGGAAUGUUUUAGCUAAAACUAGUGGUGGUAAAGAGUAUGUGUUUAAAAGUCCUCAUGAUCAGGCUACUUUUGAUCUGUGUUGUAAGAUUUGGAAUGAACCAGUAGCCGUUUCAGCCGUUUCGGUCCCCGUUAUGGCUGAUGGUGGUGGAUUUGAUGAUGAUGAGGCUCAAAACCCUAACCCUAACCAUAGCACUGGUUAUAAUUUGAGUGAGCAUAAUGGGAAUGGAAUUGGUGAUCCGAAUAGCUCGGAGAAGAAAGCGCCUAGGCCGCGAAAGCGAUCACGAUUGUCUGCGAUUAAGAUUGAAGAGAAUUAUACUCAGCAGCAGCAGUAUGGGCAGGGAAUGGGAGCCGGAGCCGGAGCGGGGGCUGGGGCGUCGAAUUCGAAUGCGGCAGUUUCGAAUUUGGUUGAAGAGACUGUGAAGAGUUGUUUGUUGCCAUUGUUUAAGGAAUUGGUUAAUAAUUCGCCAAAUGGGGGGUUAGGGUUAGGGUUAGGGUUAGGAGGAAUGGGUGGGAAUACUUUUGGCAGCUCGAUGAAUUUCCCGAUUGGGGAUAUGAGUGAUGAGAAAUGGAGGAAGCAACACAUAUUGGAAUUGGAGGUUUAUUCAAAGAGGUUAGGAUUGAUGCAGGACCAAAUAAAGUCUAAGUUGGAGGAGCUUAGAUCAAUGGGGAGUAUAUGAAAUUCUGAACAUAUGGAUGCUAUCAGUGAGUGCUUUCUAGAGGUCAUAUAUUUAUUUUUCCGCUUUUAAGUUUAUUAGUUUAAUGGUCAUAUAAAUUGAAGCAUGCUGAGGUUGGCUAUUCUGAUAUGUUUAGUGACUAUCUUCUCUGCUUAUAAGAUUUCUUGUUAAAUAAUGUUAGUUUAAAUGUUUAGCCUUUUCUUUUUUAACUGUUUUAUGGAAUCAAUGAAAACAGCAAAGUUAAAGAGAUUGAACAGAGUUAACAUGAGAAAUGUGCAUCAAUCUUCUUCUAUGUGCC